ACACCUCAGACAGCGUAACUUGCUUCCUUACAAGUUUCUUUCAGCAUCCUUCGCGCCUCGGAUCAUACUCUUGUCUAUUUUUGCCGAACUCCGAUAGCUCUAAUGCCAAAUAAGUAACAUAAGUCUUUGUGUGUGUGAAAGACAACCAACAGAUCAGAAUGCAUUGUUCAUUCUUCCCAUCGUUUGCGUCGGCCAGUUACCGGCUUCGUAUAAGAAGCAUGAAGACAUCCCAUAUUAUGACCAGCCAGCAUGGCCGGACUUAUACUAAAUAGUCGCCCAUUGCCAUUGAUAGUAUUAUUCAGCCCUAUUCACCAACCGAACGUCCAAAGUCCUUAGCUCGGCCACGUCUUUCCAAGUUGUCGGUUUCCGACCACCUACCGAGUCUCGGCCAGGUAUCUAGGCAGCCCGCCAAGCGCCGCCUUUUCAUGUCUUGGUCUCUUGGUAGCAUUCCAUCUGUCUCGGUUCAUUUUGUAGUCCUCCUGUGAUUAUAUUCUUCUAUUUCGACUGUCCAUUGUCAGUUUGACUGUAUUCCUUCUCAGUCCGGGGCGAGGGUAUUCAGUCUUCAUUAAGACAUACUUACUGUCGAGCCACCUUCUCUACUUCCAGAUAUACUUGUGUGGCUUUACAUCGGGAGACGUAGCCGUUACCGGGGGAAGUCAUGGCAGAGCUUGAAAAGACUGCCGCAGUUGAUGUUGCUACUACCUUUCCACGAUUUUCGUCACUCCCCGCCGAGCUGAGACUCAUCAUCUGGCGCUUCGCCUUACCACGCCGAGUCUUUGAGAUUCGAAGGGAGACGGUAUGCCUCAAGCAGGACGGUGAAGUAGAUGUCACAGAGGAUGUAGACCACGAUUCUUGGCGGAUUCGCAGUUCAGACUUGGUGGCCGUGCAGCUAGCCCCGCCGGCGUUGCUCAACGUCUGCCGGGAGGCCCGCAAAUUCGCGUUACGGUCCGGGUCAUGGAGAUGUGUAGGAAGCCACCCCCGAGGCGUCAAUCGGGUUAUCAGGAUGGCAACAUGGUUCGACCCUCGUACGGACAUUCUCUGCUUCGACGACUCUGCUUCGCAGCUUCUGACGAGACGUGUCACUGAGCGAAACGGCCUUGUCACCGAGUACACUAACAAUCCUGCCAUCACCAGGAUGUAUUUCGCCGGUUCCCCCGCAAGCCCUGUCUGCGUCAGCCUGGCUGCGUUGGCAGGUUCAUCGGGGAAGUUCUUGGUAGAGCAGUGGCAACGUAAGCGAGGUUUCUGGUCAGGAGUGCCGCGGUACCUGUUCUACCACGAUAGCAUACUGAUGCACUUGGGUAGAUCCCCUAAAGUGGAAGAGUUCUUUGGGAAAGGCGUUGAUAGAUGCCAUACCCUCUUAGUCGAUGCUCAAGAUUAUGCAAAGUUACGACGAUUAAGGGACUUGUACGUUGAGGAGUCCGAUUCGUCGUUCUUCCAGCGAAGGGUCGCUGACUGGCUCGAGGAUAUCAUUAACCUCGACGAGGGAUACAGUGAGCAAUCAUACCUGGAUCUCAGAAACCUCUGGCUCAAAGCGCAGGACGAUGUGUCUUCGUCAGCUCCCAUUUUAUCGACAGACCAGGCCAGCGCUCAGAUGAGAUCACUCAUCGAACCCGGCGCUGUCCUCCACACCAUACAACAGUUCAACCACGAUGAUCCUUGGUGUCGGAAUGUUAUCAAAGCCAUGCCAGAUAUGCAACUUGUCGUUCAUUUUCGACUGUGCAUCACGAACCACGACGAGUCUCUCGAGGAUUAAACACUGCCGUGGAGGCUCCCCCCAACCUCUAUAGAUACCUAUGAAUACAAAUAAGAUAGUUAACUCAUAAUUUGAAAUGAAAUUGUAUCUCGCUAAUGCCCGUGUCAUUAAAUCCUCCUCCCGUGUCUUCUUCCAUCAGCGGCCCAAUUCGGCGGCCUGCCCUUCUUGAGAUGGUACAGCUGUAGCGCCGUCAUACAGGCACCUGCCCAACCAAGCUGUUGCUUCUUCCACUUCUUCUGCUUCGCGUCCCGGAACCGCUUCUCCACCAUCAUAGCUGGCUCCCUGAAUACCUCUUCCAUAAUCGGGUCAUACCCCCCUUCAUCAUCAUCAUCAUCAUCAUCACC